AUGACGACCCCUGCAGCCUGCACCCUCCUCCUCCACCUUCUGGUGGUCUUGGCCCUGAAACAGAAUUGUGCAGGCUCACACUGGAUGCAGAUUUUUGACACUUUGGUUCAUGGACCGGACAUCUGGGAGCCUCGAUUCAUCCGGGUAGGCUAUGUGGACACCACACCAUUCAAGGCAUUUGACAGCCAAGGAGCCACUGUAGGCAUGUGACCUCGGGCUCCUUGGAUGGAGCAGGAGACACCUGAGUAUUGGGAGAAGGAGACAGAGGAUGCCCUGCACUCCUCACAGGAUGAAAGACGGUCUCUUCAAAUGCUGAUGAAGUUCUACAACCACAGCAAGGAAGAGUAUCUCACGCUACAGAGAGUGAUUGGCUGCAAUGUGGAAAAUGGUGGGUGCUUCCUCUGCGGUCACUAUCGGGUCGCUUACUACGGCUACGACUACAUCUCUCUGAACGAGGACCUGAGCUCUUGGACCGCAGAGGGCAGGGCAGCUCAAAUCAUAAGGAACAAAUGGAAGGAGAACAUUUUGGCAAAGUACAGGACUUACCUGCAGGGGACAUGCAUGGAAAUGCUUCACAGAUUCCUGGACCUUGGGAAGGAGACCUUGCUGCGCUCUGAUCCCCCCCAAACACAGGUGACCCAUCAAGUAAGGCCUGAAGGGAAUGUCACCCUCAAGUGCUGGGCCCUGGGCUUCUACCCUGCUGAGAUCUCCCUGACCUGGCAGAGGGAUGGGAACAACCACACUCAGGACACUGAGGUGCUGGACAGCAGACCUGGAGGGGACGGAACCUUCCAGAAGUUGGCAGCUGUGGUGGUGCCUUCUGGAGAGGAGCUGAGAUACACGUGUCAUGUGAACCAUGAGGCAUUAACUGAGCCUCUCACUCUGAGAUGGGAGCCUCCUCAGCCAACCAUUGUCCUCAUGGCAACUCUUAUCGGCCUGGUUCUUGGAGCUUUGGUGAUGAGAACUGUCAUUAUUUUUCUGAUAUCGAAGAAAUAA